AUGUGGUAUAUUGCGGAUUCGGGUUUCGAGGAUGUCAUGGCGGACAUACGUGAGGAUGGCUUAGAGCAAGACUUCGACGGGAAUGAAGAUCCUAAGUGCCCGACCAUACAUUAUACCGCUGCGGAAGAAAGACUUUUCUGCCGCCAAUGGAGAUCGACCCUUGUGGUAAAAGUGCUGGGGCGAACAGUAUCAUACACGAUGAUGCUGAAGCGUUUGCAUGGAAUAUGGGAGAAGGCGGGAUCAAUUCAAGUUAUGUCGGUUAGAAACGGUUACUUCCUUAUUCGGUUUACGAGUGGGAUAGAUUAUGAGAGAGCAAUGACAGGUGGACCGUGGCUAGUGGGAGAUAAUAACUUGACUGUACACCCAUGGACGAAGGAUAUUAACCCACAUGAACAUGAGAUCACGACGAACCUUGUUUGGGCCAGACUGUUGGAGCUGCCGAUUCAUUAUUUCCAUCCGGUGGCAGUGAUGAGGAUUGGGGAACGCAUAGGGAAACCUCUGAGGGGUGGACCAUGCAACAGUGUCGGGAGCUCGCAGCGAUUUUGCCCGAGUCUGUGUUCAAGUUGA